CCUGAUGAUGGAGGUCAACUUUUAAGUGGUGAACUCAGAUGAUUGUUUCCUCUGUAUUUUAGUGACAGAAGAUAAUAAGUCAGAACAUGGCACAAAAAGCAGGGGUACUAAAGAUUCCCCAAAACACAGAAGUACCAGAAGCAGCAGCUGUAGCAGAGAUGAGUGUAGACAGCACAACAGAGACAAUUCUCAUGCUGACUGUUCUGAGGGCUUUGUCAGUAACUUGCUGUGAAACAGCUAGAAACAGUAAACGUUUUGUAAUGUCAGGAACUGAAGAGAAGAAAACACGAGAAAAGGAAAAAGAGAGAAAGGAAAAGAAGAAAAAAGGACAGCGUGUCUUUCCCCAAGGUGAUAAAAAAGGAGGAAAAAAAUUGCCAGCUGAGAAGAUAGCAUAUCAGAAUUCUUCAUCUUUAAGCCUGCAGAGUACAAUGAUUUCCCAGAAAAAAAAUGCAGUGGCUCAGCGAAUAUUAUCAGCAAGACUUCACAAAAUUAAACAGUUGAAGAAUGAAAUAUUUUAUUUACAACACAAAGUAGAAGCAUCAAGCUUAGAAAACCACGUUUUGAAAGAGCUUCAGUGUCGACGCUUGAAAAAAAUAGGUAGAUACGAAAAUUCAGAAAGUAACUUGCCGAAUCUUUUAGCCAGUCAUUAUAACAAGGUGAGAGCACUAAGGAAUCUCCUGAAGGUGUCUCAGGAGAAUGAGAAAAACACAUCCAAGAAGCUCAGAAAAGUUGAAACAGAACUGCUCAAAACUAAAGAUGCUUUCCAAGCCUUGCAUGUGCUUUCAGAAAACAAGGCUCUUGCAGAGAGAGAAGAACUUUAUCACAGAUUAUCGAUCGUUACAGAAAAAAUUGAAGUGAAUAAUAACAGAAUACAGAGCCUAGAAGAGCAGCUGAAGUUGAACAAUAGCACCUUUAGUCGGCAGUUGGCGAACGAGAACAAAAAAGCUGUGGAAGCUGGGAUAAUUACAAAGAACUUGCAAAUGGAAAUUAACUCUCUUCACCAAAAAAUGAAGGAAAAGGAUCGACAACUUUAUAUACAAAAUAUCUAUGCAAAUCGGAUGCCUAAAAUCCCAAAAAACAAAAGGGAUUCAGUACCUCAUGAAAAAAGUCUUAGUGUAAACAGAGCAGUACAAGUAGAUAAACAGAGUUUUAGGUCACUGCUGCUGUCACAGUACCAAGCUCAGGAAACAGAAAAAAGUCCAAUUCAGCUAACAAAGGAGAAAAAGUCUUCUGAAGAUAAGAAUCAAAAAACUAAAGCAAACGAAGCAUACACAGAUCCCCACUGUAGAACAGAAAAGAAAGCAACCAAGAAAAUACCAAAGCCAGAAAUGUUUAAUAGAACACAUAGAGAUUAUUUAAGUGAGGGAAGACUACUGAUGGAAGAAUACACUUGUUUGGAAUUUAUGAAAGAAGAAAAGACAGAUUUGCUUAAACAGGAGCUGAACAAACCGAUGAAAACCGAACAAGCUCUAAGUGACAAUGUAAAUGUGAACAAACAGGAAGAAGAUGCAGUGGAAGAAUAUGAAAAAGAAGAAAAAAAGCCAGAUGAAGAGGUAAAUAGCAGUGAGAAGGCAGGGAGUAAAUGUGUGACUCCAGGCCCCAGAAUGAAAACACCCAUUGGGCUGAAAAAAAAAUAUAUGUUCUCAGAAGCCACUGAGAAUUUGCAUCACGGGCUUCCUGCAUCAGGCAGAAAAUCCAGACAAGGCAGUUUUUGCAACCCCGGACAUGCGGCUCAGGACUGCGGUGAAACGGCUGAAUCAAAAGAGAAAAAUUCCUUUGGGCUAUAUGAACCGUCUUUUGGCAAAGUUACCAAAACAGGGCAGAAGGACAGUUUCACCGAAGCGGAAGGCUGCGCUCAUAUGACAUUCGCUGAAAGGAAAAACUCUUAUGAAAGAGCUCUUUGGACCAGGCUGUGUUUGAAGAGACAACCAUGCAAGUUCUGUCAUGAGAGGAAUGAAGAAAUGGAAGUGAAAGGAUGCGGCGUUACACAAGCCAAGUGUCAAACCACCACUACUAGUUCAUAA